CAGUCUCGAUGAUGAUGAUGACACGGAAAUAGCCUUUCAUUUCCACCAACCCCAAAGCAAAUCUGAUCGCCUGGAGCUCUGCGAUCUCCGGGCUCCAUCUCAUUGCCGGCGAUCUCGUCUCACCGCCGCCAGCACACACUUUCCAGCCGAGUCCAGUACCACAACCCACCCCAGCACCCGAUCCCUCCCCAUUUUCGUCAUUCUUUCCACGUUUUGUUCUCUGCUGCGUCGAUUGGUUCUUGACCCACCAGCCAGUGGAGACGGAAGGAGAACAUCGUGAGAGACCACGUUUCCAGGUGGCUGACCGGAGGCGACUAAGAAGUAGGUCGACGCCGAGGUGCGCGGGACGCGAGCUUCGUAGAUCCAUCGGCGGGAGAGAGCCAGCAUCGAUACAGCUUUCAGAUUAGUUUCAGAAAGAUUCGAGCUUUUGCUUUUUGGUGCUGAGAUUUUGGGAUAGACAUGGGGAACUGCUGCGCAAGCCCUGCUAGUAACAGUUCUCCCCAUGGAUCCCCUGGGAGAAAGAACAAACAAGAUAAAGCCAAGAACAAGAAUAAAGGCAGCAACCCAUUCUUCGGUACUGACUACGUCGUCAAUGGAUCCAGUGAGAAGCUCUACGUGUUGAAAGAACCCACAGGGCGCGACAUCUCAGCUCACUACGAGCUAGGGCGGGAGCUUGGCCGAGGAGAGUUUGGGAUCACAUAUUUGGCCACCGAAACGAGCACUAACGAUAAGUACGCCUGCAAAUCGAUCUCAAAGAAGAAGCUGAGAACUGCGAUUGAUAUUGAGGAUGUGAGGAGGGAGGUCGAGAUCAUGAAGCAUUUGCCUCAUCAUCCUAACAUUGUGUCAAUUAAAGAUACAUAUGAGGACGAUAGUGCCGUCCACAUUGUGAUGGAGCUUUGCGAGGGUGGAGAGCUUUUUGAUAGGAUUGUUGCCAGGGGGCAUUACACUGAGAGGGCUGCUGCUGCUGUUAUGCGCACGAUUGUUGAAGUUGUUCUGAUGUGUCAUAAGCAUGGAGUGAUGCACCGUGAUCUGAAGCCUGAGAACUUCCUUUUUGCGAAUAAGAAGGAGACGUCCGCAUUAAAGGCGAUUGAUUUUGGGCUGUCCGUCUUCUUUAAACCUGGAGAGAGGUUUAAUGAGAUAGUGGGAAGUCCUUAUUAUAUGGCUCCUGAGGUCCUGAAACGGAAUUAUGGCCCAGAAGUUGAUGUGUGGAGUGCUGGAGUUAUCCUCUACAUUCUGCUUUGUGGAGUGCCACCCUUCUGGGCAGGUUUGUUCUUGGAAACGGAGCAGGGCGUGGCACAGGCCAUUAUACGGUCCGUCAUAGAUUUCAAGAGGGAUCCAUGGCCUAAAGUUUCGGAUAAUGCAAAGGAUCUAGUGAAGAAAAUGCUUAAUCCAGAUCCUAAACAGCGCCUUACAGCUCAACAAGUGCUUGAACACACUUGGCUACAGAAUGCAAAGAAGGCUCCGAAUGUCCCGUUGGGCGAGACUGUGAGAACAAGGCUCAAACAAUUUUCAAUGAUGAACAAACUCAAGAAGAGAGCUUUGAGGGUGAUAGCCGAGCACUUAUCAUCAGAGGAAGUGGCUGGCAUAAGGGAGGCAUUUGACAUGAUGGACACUACCAAAAAGGGCAAGAUUAAUAUCGAUGAGCUAAGAGUUGGAUUGCACAAGCUCGGCCAACAGAUUACUGAUCCGGAUCUUCAAAUCCUGAUGGAAGCUGCUGAUAUUGAUGGUGAUGGAACUCUAAACUAUGGAGAGUUUGUCGCUGUUACCAUUCACAUAAAAAAGAUGGGAAACGACGAGCAUCUGCAUAAAGCCUUCGGAUUCUUCGAUCAAAAUAAGAGUGGUUACAUCGAGACCGAGGAGUUGAGAGAAGCCUUGAAUGAUGAUAUUGACACCUGUAGUGAGGACGUUCUUGUUGCCAUCAUGCAAGAUGUUGACACAGACAAGGAUGGGCGAAUAAGUUACGAGGAGUUUGCAACGAUGAUGAAAGCAGGAACAGACUGGAGAAAAGCGUCAAGGCAAUACUCGAGGGAAAGAUUCAACAGCCUAAGCUUGAAGUUGAUGAGAGAUGGUUCAAUGCAGGUAGUUAGUUAGGCGCGAAUCAGGAGGAAAAACCAAGUGUGUCCCAAAGGCAAGGGGGGAAUCUUCUGUUGUUUGGCUUCUCUAAACUUGAUGUUACUACUUCACCAUUUUUUUACUUCCAUUUCUCUUGCUUCCUGGGUUGUCAUUGGGGAUGUUAGGUAGUAGAGAGAAUAAAUAGUGUGAUAUUAAGAAAACUGUUCUUGUGUUUGUUUGUUUGUCCUUUUUGUGAGUUUGUUCAGAAUUCUUUUGUUGAAAAGAGUUGUAGAAAAGCAGGAAAAUCAAGAUGUUUUUCUUUUUUUGGAGGAGGGGGGUGGUGGGAAUCUGUCGAGUGAGUGAGGAGGAUUGUUUGGGGAGCAACAGAAUGAACAAGUUGGUGGUGUAAAUAUAUUAUUUGAUAGUUUCAGAUGGUUAACCUUACUGUUGUUUCUAUUCUCUUCAGCCAAUGUUUUUGGAGAGUUUAUUAUUUCGAUUCUCUUCAGCCAAUUAGGUAUCAGUUAUCUUGCU